AUGAUGCGUCGAAGAGCGCUUCUUACGUUAUCAUUGUCCUACUGGUUUAUAUUAUACACGACGACACUUCAAGGGAACGUUUUUGCAUUUAUGGAAACUGACGAAGACACGGAUGUCACAGCUAAGAAACGCAUCGACGGAUGCAUCGAAUGCGGUGAUUACAGGUGUCCGGGUGAUCCUGGAAAGUGUUUAUUGGGUUCGGUGUUCGAUCCUUGCGAAUGUUGCACAAAGGGAUUGUGCGCUCGAUUGGAUGGCGAAUCUUGUUGGAAUUCUAGUAUACCUGGAUUGCCCUCGACAAGUCGUAACAAUGGAUUGUGUGCAAGAAAUUAUGUAUGCACAUUGCGAUCAGAUCUUCGGAAAGAGGACGAAUUACAAGCUGUUUGCGUCUGUAUGGAACAAAGUCUAGCGUGCGGUAGCGAUAAUAAAACAUACGCAACACCCUGUGCAUUAUCUGCAGAGGCGAUGAGACGGAGAAAUACAUCUCUUCUGAGAUUACAGCAUCUUGGUCCAUGUCAAAGUCGUCCUUGGCUUUUAUCUCCUUUGGAGAACGUUUUGUCGGUGUUUGGGCAACGAGUCGCGUUGAACUGUGAAGCAGAGGGUUUUCCAAUUCCUGAUAUUUUCUGGGAAUUUCAUGCAACAGAUGGAAGAAAAGUUUUGAAACUACCAGGUGAAGCACACGGAGCAACAAUUCACAGCAGCUUAGGACCAGAACCUUUUAUGCGAACAUCCUGGCUACAGUUAGCUCGUGUUACUAAAACACACAUCGGAGUGUAUUACUGUAUCGCUAAAAAUUCACUAGGAGAAGCCAGAAGUGCGUCUUUCGUGUCCACGCUAUAA